ACUGAGCCGGAGUCCGACCUGGGAACGGAGUGACACAAGCGUCAAUGGAAUCGAAGCUUCUCUUUCCACACUGCCAUGGCCGUCAUUCUCCAUCGCUGGCGUUCCAAUCUUCGCAUCUCUCUUCCCGCCAAGAUUCCAUCGCCGGUUUCUUUCACAGCUCUUCAGUCACUAACAAAACUCAAAUCUUUCCUUCUCUUCCUCGCAUUCCUUCUUUAAGAAUCGCUACAAACAAGAAAAAGAAGAACUUGGUUCAUGGUUUAGCAGUCAGAUCACAGUUUACUACCCCUAUCAUUGCUCCGCAGGAUCAAUGGGGUAAUUGGACCACUCUCUUCGCAAUUGGCGCUUUCGGUCUUUGGUCGGAGAAGAAGACCAAGGUUGGGGGUGCACUGAGUGGAGCAUUGGUGAGCACUUUGGUAGGAUUGGCAGCUAGUAAUUUAGGGCUUAUUUCAUCUGAAGCUCCUGCAUUUUCGAUUGUCUUGGAGUAUCUGCUCCCAGUGGCUGUUCCACUCUUGUUGUACAGAGCCGAUGUGCGUCGCGUGAUCAAAUCAACCGGGGCCCUUCUCUUGGCUUUCUUACUGGGGUCAGUUGCCACUACAGUUGGUACAGUGUUGGCAUAUCUGAUAGUGCCAAUGGGAUCACUCGGUCAAGAUAGUUGGAAAAUAGCAGCUGCGCUUAUGGGAAGACAUAUUGGUGGAGCUGUGAAUUAUGUUGCCAUAUCCAACGCUCUCGGUGUUCGGCCAUCAGUUUUAACUGCUGGACUAGCUGCAGACAAUGUCAUUUGUGCAGUAUAUUUCACCACAUUGUUUGCACUAGCUUCUAAAGUACCUCCUGAAGCUUUAACAUCAAGUGAUGGUGUUGCAGUGGACACAAAGUCUGAGCCUGGUGGCAACCUUCCCACUUUACAAACUGCUAUAGCCCUUGCUGUGUCAUUGGCUAUCUGCAAGCUUGGCUCGUAUCUCACAAAAUAUUUUGGAAUUCAAGGAGGUAGCCUGCCUGCUGUAACGGCCAUCGUUGUUAUUCUAUCGACUGCAUUUCCAAAACAAUUUGCAUAUCUUGCGCCAUCUGGUGAGGCUAUGGCUAUGAUUCUGAUGCAGUUGUUUUUCACGGUGGUAGGAGCAAGUGGAAACAUCUGGAGUGUUAUCUAUACAGCACCUAGCAUUUUCUUGUUUUCCUUUGUCCAGAUUGCCGUUCAUCUCGUGAUUAUCCUCGGAUUGGGCAAGCUAUUUCGCUUCGACUUAAAGUUGUUGCUUAUAGCAUCAAAUGCGAAUGUUGGGGGUCCUACAACCGCUUGUGGGAUGGCCACAGCAAAAGAGUGGCAUUCCAUGAUUAUUCCCGGUAUUCUUGCUGGCAUUUUCGGCAUUGCCAUUGCAACUUUUCUUGGCAUUGGAUUUGGGCUGGCGGUACUGAAAUACUUGUAGGGAAGUUUUCCACGUUUAAUCCGCAUAAAUGAGCUAAUCUUUAACGUAUGUUGACUCCAUUUCUUUGUACUCAAAGAAACAACACAUUGUGGGGGAAGGAAAUAGAGUAAUUUGAAAGGAAACCACAGUGUACUUCCUGCUUGACAAAAACAGUUUUAUAGACCAAUGAAGACCUAAAAUAAUGUGGGCUGCCUCAGGUGAACCAGAUUGUAACAUUUUUUGUAAGUUUAUUGAUCUCAUUGAGCUCUUAAUAAUAUGUAUAAACUUCUAUGUGAGAGAAAACACUGUAACAUUUUUUGUAAGUUUAUUGAAGAAGUUCUAUUUGUUUAGUAAA